CACACACACACAGGCGCGCAGCAGGAGCCGGCACUUGGGCGCUGCUGCUGCUUGCAGCCAGCCCAGCGCCUUCCCUCCCAGUGUUUGCCAGGAGCCCGGCAAGCCAGCGCCCCAGGCGGGCAGAGAGCAGCAGCAGGAGGAGGAGGAGGAGGGGGGCUCAGUGGCCAGGAGAGAGCGGGAACCCCGGCCCCACCCCAUGCGUGCACCCCGGGGCGACCGGCUCGGGCUGAGCCCCGCGCCCCGCCGGCCGGAACGCGAGUAGGAGCCGGCCGCAUGGGCGCCCCGGGAAGGAUGCUCGGGCUAUAGGCGCCUGCCCCGGCUCGCGGCGCGGGAGCAGCCCCGGCAUGAUCUCCGACCGGCGCUGGCUGCGUCUCUCCCGCUCCGUCCCCAUGGACUUAGCUGCGGUCGCCGGCCGGAGCGCGUGAGCCUGGGCGUCCCGCCGAGCGGGGCCGGUCCCCGGGAACUGGAGGAUACUGCAGCAUCCUCAGGGACAUACAUACAGAAGGCUGAGCUGGAGCCUGUGUGGGACUUAAAAAGGACUUCCAGUUGGUGGUAGCCUGAGGAACUUCCUUUCACUCCAAUGUUGCUCCGAAACUAAAUUGUCUCCAGAAUUCGGAACCAUCAGGUUUGCUAAGAUGCCCCAGGAACAGUAUGCACACAGGAGCGCCAUGCAGAGCUCGGAAGGCCCGCAGGUAUACAAAGUGGGGAUUUACGGCUGGAGGAAGAGAUGCCUCUAUUUCUUUGUGCUACUCCUAAUGAUUUUAAUCCUGGUGAACCUUGCCAUGACCAUCUGGAUUCUCAAGGUUAUGAACUUCACAAUUGAUGGAAUGGGGAACCUGAGAAUCACAGGGGAAGGUCUGAAGCUAGAAGGAGAUUCAGAAUUCUUGAAACCUCUCUACGCCAAAGAAAUCCGGUCCAGACCAGGCACUCCAUUGUACUUCCAAUCUGCCAGAAAUGUUACAGUGAACAUUCUCAAUGAGAAGACUAAAGUCCUUACUCGUCUUGUAACAGGUCCCCAAUCAGUGGAAGCACACAGCCAAAAAUUCGAGGUGAAAUCCCUCUCUGGAAAAUUGCUGUUUUCUGCAGAUGACAACGAAGUGGUCGUGGGAGCAGAGAGACUGAGAGUUUUAGGAGCAGAAGGCACAGUGUUCCCUAAAUCUAUAGAAACUCCCAGUGUCAGGGCAGACCCCUUCAAGGAACUAAGACUGGAGUCACCCACACGCUCUUUGGUGAUGGAGGCUCCAAAGGGAAUUGAAAUUAACGCAGAGGCCGGCAACAUGGAAGCCACAUGCAGGACGGAGCUGAGGCUGGAAUCAAAAGAUGGAGAGAUUACGCUGAAUUCUGCAAAUAUCAAACUGCCUGGAUUGCCUCUAGCAUCCCACUCCUCUACCGGAUCCAGGCAAAAAAUCUACGAGCUGUGUGUGUGUUCCAACGGGAGGUUAUUCCUGUCUCAGGCAGGAGCUAGCUCCACCUGCCAGAUAAACACAAGCAUCUGUUCUUGAGAGACGGUUCCCAGCAGGCAGCACAAAGGCCCUGUUCUGGUCUCACAGAUAGCCGCUCCCAACUAUUUUUGCUAGAACCCAGAAAGCCUAUCAAAGACUUUUUUGUGUGUGUGUGCGCGCGUGUGAAUAUAUAUAUAUAUAUAUAUAUAAAUAUAUAUAUCCUCUGUGUAAAACGAUGUUUCAGUACAAUGAAUCCCAGGGUGACCCUAUUACAUUCUGUUAAAUUGGACUCACUACUCCCUGAACCCUUCUGUAUUAAUAUAACCUAAUGGUCCUCCCUUAUAACUCACCGUCUCCUCAUAGCAGUGGAAACAAUGUCUGAUUAAGUACAUGGACUGACGUACUCCUAGCAUCAUGCAAAAGGAGAACAACUCUGAUAAUUUUUGCACCAUUAAAAUCAGUGGCAACAGAAUGGCCAGCAAGGCAGAGCAAAUGGCCUCGAGAACUCCAAGACGCCGGUCACUGAAUGACACUCUAUUUUUAAUCUAAAGUAGAGCAACCUAAUUGGGAGACUCUACACUGCCAUCCAGGAAAACUGGGUUUGAUUCCCAGUGCUGGUCUCCCACCACUUAGCCUUUGGAAGCAGGGAAUAUAGGCCCCAAUCCUGUUCUCACUGAAGUAAAUGGCAAAACUCCCAUUGACUUAAGUGGUACUGGAUCAGGCCCAGAGAAAGUAGAGAAUGGCAUGCAUCAUUCAGCUGUGACAGACUCAGCCAGUGAAGGGGCGACGUUUGAUGGGCUCUGAAGGGAGGCCCUUUCAGUCCUCCUUGGCAGAUAGAGGUAUAAAUGAUCAGGGAAUUUGACAUUUAUGUGGGGGGGUCCCUGUCUCUGGGAGAAAAAUGAAAUUAAGGCUAAUUCUGUUUUCCUAGGGUUUACAAUAGUGAUCCCUGUUUGUGUAACUGACAUUUUAUUACGUUACUUUGCAUCAACAGGAAAACUAACUGUGCGAAUGUCACAUCCCCUGUAAACAAAAAAAUUCUUUAAUUUAAAAAAAAGAUAAAAAUUGUUGCAAUUACAAAAAUACCAGGUCUGCAUAGCCAUCAGGUGUUCUGGUUCACCCUAGAGCAUUCAAUCCUACACUCUAGGAGUCUGGGGUAAUUCUGCUUUUAAAAUAAACCACCUCCCUCCUUCUCUCUCUCUCACACACACCCACGCCUUGCAAAGCUGAGAACGUGUAAGAUUUGGCGGGAACCUGUCUGAGAGACAGUGAAACUCACACAAAAGAGAAGCAUUAUCCAAAUUCUCUGCAGGGAUUUUUUUUUUUAAAUAAAACAGGGAGGGCAGUCUGAGGUCACUCACUUUUUGUGGAGAUUGCAAAUAUCAGAGAUGCUGAUUAGGAAACAGGACUUUUAAAAAACGUUUUAUAAAGAUUAUGACCAAAUUAGGUCACAGAAAAGUAAGGCUUUGGGCUCUGGGUCAUCCUGAACUUGAACCCAAAUAACUCAGUAUUUGAAUCUGUUUUUUCAUGAGUGGGGUUUUUUCCCCCUCCAUGAGGCAUUUAUGGGGAAGGAAAAAUGUGAGAUCUGAUCUUGUCACACUGUUUCCAUUAUCCAAAAAUGGGAAUACCAUGAGCAGUGUGAAGAUCUCAUAGUUACUGGGUUUCAACUCCAUCAGUGGCUCUCCCAGGCAUUUAAGAAGCCUUUGAAAAACAUACAGGGUAAAUUUUUCAAAAGUCCCUAAAUCCUGUUAACUUUCAAUGAGACUUGGGUUGCUAAGUCAUUGCUUUUGAAAACGUUACCCCUAUACAAAUACUCAAACCUGUCCAUACCUCUGGUGAUACUGAAAGUACAUUGAUCUCCGCCAAACAAUUUUCAAGAUUAGAUAUCACAAAAACAAAAUGUUUAGAGACAGGUUGGCCAAUUUCUACAUGAGUCACUUGAAUUCGGGGGCGGGGGAGGGGGAAGGCUCGAGAGUGCCAGGUUUCUGGAUUUUUUUAAAUGUGCAUAUAGGGCAUAAUCCAAAGCUGGUUGAAGUCAAUAGAAAGACUUCCAUUGACUUGCAUGGAAUUUGGAUCAGACUGUUAGAAAAAAACCUAUCCCCCUUUGGUCCUUCUGGUUGUUUUGCUCGCUAACAAAGCACACUUGAGGACACCCAUAAAAUGUUACACUUGACAGCGGUUAAAAAUGAUUAGUUCUACAAUUUUCUUAGUGAUACGGUUAGGUUAAUUAUCAAGUUCAAACUAUUUGUUAAUGAAUGCAAAGGGUCACCCAGGAUAACAAUUGUAUUGGGACAUAGGACUAUACCAUCUCUGUUCAAAGAGGGGAAAUUGUGCCUAUGCCUUAAGUCAAUGCACUCAGCAAGGAGAAGCACAUCAUAUUUAUCUUGUUAUUAAAACGACUUUAUUUUGUGGGGGGACAGUUGGAAGGGAGGGUGGCGGCUGUCAACAGAUGUCAUGGGAGCCAAUGGUGCAACAUGAAGCAGAUUUACGUGAAAUCCGUAAAGGCUGUGAGGGCCGCUGGCGUGAGUAUAGCCUCUUUACCACAUUAAGUAUAACAAAAGACAAUGUAUGUUACCUCCAGACCAUAGCUGAAGUCCCACACUCAUAGCUCCAAGUGGAAUACAUUUACUGUAACACUUUUUCUCAUUUCGUUUUGUAUUGGACAGUAAUUCAUAUCAUAUGCAAGGGCCGAUUCAUAAAAAAAUUUGUCCAGGGUACACAAGGUUAUAACGAAGUUUGAGCUGCAGAAAGAGUGUAUUGUCCAAAGGUCUGGUUUUAUUUCACUUUUCUCCCCCAAUGAUUGAUUCCAGUGCUAGUGAAAGGUGCUAGGCAGAGCACCAGAACUGGCCCGGGAAGGGCUGGGGUAGUGUGUAGUUUCCUGUACUGUACUGCCAAUAUUCCUCAACCUGGCCUAGCAGGCUCCACCGCUGGUGUUGGAGGGUAGCUCAGUCUUUACCUUCAUUCAGUCUUUGCCCUCCCUGCUUAACGGUUUACUGCCAUGUGCAGGGAUAGUUCUAGUGAGGUAGAUGCUUGUCUAUGGGAAACUGAACUGAGAUCAUCAUGCUCAUUUCCCAAAGGCGAUGAGAGAGCCUUGAGGCCAUUUUGUCGUUUACCAGUCUGAGCUGGAUUUGAACUGGUGACCUAAGUACCUGUCCCUAUCACCAUGACAGCUUGUUGUUCGUGCAGGUCCCCUUUGUCAGGUAAAAAGAGUACCUUAGUUUUGCAUAGAUUAGGAAAGCCCAGCUUUUUAUGCAUACGAAGAUAAGAGUGCAUUUCUAGCUUUUAAAAUGUUAAAUUACAUGCUGUUAAAGAAAAAAAUCAGUUUGCUCUAACAGGUGAAAUUCACCCCUGUGCAGACUUACGCACCUCUUAACUUCCACUUAAAUCCUCACAUUAGCGCUUAUGUGGUAUCCUAGACCUUGUGUUGUCCCCCUGCACAGUAGCCAGUUUCACCCAGUUAGAGACAAGGUCUUCACUAAACAGUGUGUGUAAGUUCCUGCAGCUUCUGAGGAGCAAUCGCUUUGCUUGGCAAAGAUUGAAGUAGGGUUAACAGUCUUAAGUGUGACAUACUGAACUAAAGCAUCCCUGCCCAAUGAGGAUAGUAUGUCUGUGAUAUAAAGCACCUUCGUGCAAGGUACAGUACAUUGGGGGGGUCAUUUUUAGCAUAGGUAUGUUGCCAAGCAGCUCCUGUAUUAAUGGGAGUCACAUGAUUAAAAGAACCCUUGUGCAGUGACUUAAAUUUUACCAUUUCAGUCUGAUGGGAAGACAGGUCACACAAAACCAUCUAUUUCAUUUCUUCCCUCUAUUCAUCUCCUAGAAAAGGAUCCCCUUCCCACUCCCCUGUGGGAUUAUUGUUUGCUUGAGAACAGUGAAAAUCUUUGCUUAAAAAGGGAAGGAAUGUUACACAACACAAAACUCUGAGGGUGCCCAUUGGUUGUUGUUAGGAGACAACAGUACACUGUGGCCGGUGGUACUUUAGUAAAUGGAGAUCUAGUCAGUGCCGCAGUUGUUGACCAUACAACAGUGUGUGCCAUGUGGUAGGUUUAGUUUGCAUAUUUCUUUGAAUAAUUAUUUUCACUGUAUAAGAUUGUUUCUGCCCAUAGCCCUCUCAUAUCCUAAUAGGUCUCUACUCAAGACUUGCUUAGUUUCAAUUUCAUACACACAAACUAUCCACAGAAGUUAAAAGAAAAUUGCCAGCCAACAAACUGAUAUAUUUCUUUAUGAAUCGGACCCACAAUUUGGUUCAGUUGUCAUCAUUUGCCCAUGAGGGGCUGGUAUUUAUCUCAAAUAAGGGUUCCUUUUAUCUCUCGCGACUUAGGACAGGCUGGGAGGGAUAGGGAGCUAGCUUCUAUUGAAGUCACUGGGAUAUAUACCAUUGACUUCAGUGCCUGCAGGAUCCAGCCCAGGGUCUUUCUGGGUUCAGAUUUAGGCCACUGAAGUCAGUGGGAACACUUCCAUCUAUGUCAGUUGUUGCAGGAUCGAGGCCGGACUCAGAAUUGUACACAAUUCUGCACUGAAGCUAUGUGCAUUCAAAAUACUUGCUAAUUAAGGGACUGCGUUAUUGUCAAUAUACCUUAGGCAACCAUGAAUACGAAAGCUAAAGAUAAAUGCUUUUAUAUAUUGUAACUGUUGACUUUACUAGAGCUUCAGUAACAUGCUACAUUUGCUUUAAAUGCCACCGUUACUAAGCUUGUAGAGAAAAUGACUAUUAGCGCUUGUCUUUACACAAUACCUUACCCAUAUUUACUGUAUGAACUCCCUGCCAUAACAGAUAUGUCAGGGCGGUCUUUAAAAGCAAAAAGACUUUGACAUUAGCAAAAACAGAGUUCCUAAAACUGAUUAUAUAUCUGCAUCCACUCUCCAAAUUUCAUUUUUUUUAAAGUAUGUAUUAUCCAGCAGUCAGCAUAAUUACUACACUGAGCGUUCAAAUGAGACUUUAGCAGUAAAGAAACUCAUGCAAAGGGAAAGCCAGGGACUACUAAGCUGUAUAUUAGAACUCCCCUUUUUAGAAAGGUUAAAGUAGCGCAAGUGUGGUCUACAUUUGUUUCCUUCAAUCACGUGUUUUCAAUCAGAUUUUUUUUCCCAAUACAAACAUGAUACAAAAAAUAAAAAUUAUGAACUUAAAUGACCACCUGCAACAUGUGGCAUAGCCAAAUGAGAUCUAAACCCUGCUAACCCUCCAUUCAGUCUUUGAGACUGCUCCAUUGUUAAAGAGGGAGCUUCCUGUGGCACUUGGGAAGAUGUCCGGUUUGUUCGAGCCCCGUAGCCAUGCUAGAGCUGAAUGAACAGGUCUGUAAUUGUUGCACUCCUUGAAUGCGCUGGGCUCUUAAGUGGAAUUGGCUUUUGUUUGAAUUGGGGGGUUGGGGGUGGUUUUUUUUUUAAUAUUUGUUGUUAUGGCUUUAAGUUUCCUAUUAUGAAGGGGAGUGAGUGACAGACCAAAGACUGGUAGAAGGGCAGCCCCACACCCACUUAUUAACUUAAUAGUGCUUAUUGGAACUGGGCAGGAAACGCAGAGUUCAUUGCAUAGCUUCUGGGCACUAGACUAGAACAACAAGGAAAACUGAAAUUCAGUUAAUAGGGGAAAGAAAGUAAGUGUAAUAUUCUGUGCUGUGUACAAAAGGCAAAGAGUGGUCUAAAAACUGAAAGAAGAAAAAAUGCAGUAUCGAAGCAGGUUGUUACUAUCGUAACAUUUCUGUCGGGGAGGGAUAAAUAAGCUAAAUGUUGUUAGCUGCUCAUGUGCGUUCUUGCCUUGAUGUGUGUGGAACUCCCACAGUGCUAGUGAGACUUGCCUGUGUAGAUCAAGGAGAGCCCUAUUGCCCUAAGCUUGUGCUUCAGUGAUGGCCGUUUCAAGUGUUUGGCUUGCUGCCAAAAGGCCAUCGGAAAGUUGGACCUACGAACACCUAAUUGCACCUGCAGUGUAGAAGAGUAACUAUGCCGUGACUGCUCAAUCUUUAACACCCGUACAGUUAAGCAGAAUUACUAUUGGACUACUUUUUGGUAAUUUUGUUGGCUUUCUUUUAAGUUUGAAAUUUUAUUAUUCAGAAAACAAAUGGGGAAAAAAGCUGGUAAUAGAUUUGUGAAGCAUUUUCAAUCAGUGGGUUGGAAAUUUUCAAAUCUGGAAAUUUCAAAAUAUUUUAAAUUUUGCAAAACAGAACAUUUUUAAGUCUUAAUUUCCCUCCCUACUUUCCCCCCUGCCCAUCUCUAAACAAUUACCACUGAAUAUUUAAGCAGGCAAAAAGCGCUAUUGAUGUGUGAUUCAAACUCAGUCCUUCCUUCUCCUCUGCACUCUAUGCUUCUGUAGAAACCCAUCUACAUAGGACUCAUUGUUUUCACAGCUGACCUAACAGAGCUUAUGGUUGAGACAUGAGGAGGGUUAGAAAUUGGCCUGACACUGGUACCAUAGAUGGCCUACCAAGACAGCGAUGAAGUGAGCAGGGGGAAAGCAUGUUAAUAGAUAUCUCCUUAGUGAUAUUGAUAAAGUGAUUCUCUUUUGUCUGUUUACACUAUUACCUUUCAAUUAACAACAAAUUUGGGAUGGAUCUGAUUGUGAUUAUAUUCAAUCCUUGUUUGGACAGUGCCACUUAUCCCAUUUAAAGGCUGUUGUCUGACCCAUUCUUGUCAGAACAUUGGGGAGUUUGUUUAACGAGGAGAACAAAUUUCCAUCCACUUUAAACACAAUGGUUUGGGAUUGGGUUAGAAAAAUAGAAGGACUAUCUGGUAUUUAAACAAACAUUGUCAUAUUUGAAAAGCAUGUGGUGAUAUAUAUACAGCCCUGAAGCUUUCUAAAGCUAAUAAUUUCCUAAUAUGCAAAUUGCAUUCUAUUAGUCUUUUCCAAAAAGAAAAAAAGCCAUGUUUUUGUUCUGGGGUUUUUUUU